CAACAUCACUUCUCAACAUAAAACUCUCUCUUGUCUUUAACCUACUUCUGCGACUCUGACUGUCGAAGAACGCCCUCAACCCUCAAUGGCGUUAUUGGGCGACGACGGACGUGGGUUCGAGCUUGCCCGGAAACUUGAAUCUCAAGGCGUCUGGAGAUCGUGGAUUGGAGAUGAUUCUCUGCACGCCACCUUCUCUCCAUUCUUAUCAUCGCCGUCUUCUUGGGAAUCCUUCAUGAGAAUCGACGAGACCAAGUCUAGGGCUCAAAUUCAACUUCAACUCCGUGUUCGCGCUCUCCUCUUCGACAAAGCUUGCGUCUCGCUUUUCCCUCUGUCCAAUCGAUCUUCUCCUUCUUCCAAUUCGAAGCUCAAUCCAAAUUAUUUGCAGUUACAUGGUGAUGAUAUUUUUUAUACUCUAGAGAAUCCUACACAAAAUGUAGCCCCAUCUUCAAAGGUUCAACAAAAACCAAACUUGGUAUAG